AUGAGUAUGAUAAGCUGGAACUGUCGUGGAUUUGGAAAUCCACAGACAGUUCGAGAAGUGGUGGACAUGGUGUCCCGUAAGAAGCCCGAUUUUGUCUACUUGAUGGAAACUAAAGUAGAACGAAGUCAUGCAGAGAGGUUACGUGUUAAGAUUGGUUUUGAGGGUCUGUUUUACGUAGAUAAUGAAGGGAGAGGGGGUGGCUUGGCAUUAUUAUGGAAAAAGAAUAAUAUUGCUAGGCUUUUGAGCUAUUCGAAGAACCAUGUGGAUGUGGAGGUAACUAUAAGGGAGAAAAUAUGGCGUAUGACGUGUUUCUAUGGGUUCCCGCAGAGGCAUAGACGCAGGGAGGCCUGGCAGCUAUUGAGUGGUUUGAAGGAAAAAUCUGCAUUACCCUGGGUGGUUGUGGGAGAUUUUAAUGACUUGUUAUAUCAGCAUGAGAAGAGAGGGGGGAACCCACAUCCGGUAGGUCUCCUCAGGGGUUUUGGAGAUACUGUACACAAUUGUGGUCUCGUUCAAUUACCAAUGAGAUGUCACCAGUUUACAUGGGAGAAGGGGAAGGGAACUGAGAGGUGGUUGGAGGAGAGGCUGGAUAAGGUUUUGGUGACAGAACAAUGGACUGAUUUGCAUGGUGAGGCAUGGGUUGAGAAUAUUCUUACUCGGAAAUCUGAUCACUCAGCUCUCUUCCUAAACACCGAUAUUGCACUGGUGCGCAGACCAGGGGGGCCGAGACGGUUUCGUUUUGAGAUGGCAUGGGUUCAUGAUGAAGGGUAA